AUGCACCGAUACAAACAUGGAUUCUCUGGAUUCGCAACACGCUUAUCAGAAGAUGAAGCACGCAUGAUGGCCAAGCAACCAGGAGUAAUAUCUAUCUUUCCUGAUCAGAUGUUACAACUCCACACAACUCGCUCAUGGGACUUCUUGGUGCAAGAAAGUUAUCAAAGAGACACUUACUCCACUGAGAUAAACUCUCAACCAGAAUUAGAUGUGGCAGUAGGCGACAUCAUUAUCGGCUUCAUUGAUUCAGACGACAAGCAAAUGCCUCCAGUCCCAGCCAAAUGGAAGGGAACUUGCAUGAGAGGGAAGAAUACGCAACCUGAUUCUUUCCGUUGCAAUAGAUAUGCAGAGCCUGGAGGAAAGAAAAUAAUAGGAGCAAGGUAUUACAAUUCGUCAUUCCUCUUAGACCCUGAUUAUGAGACACCAGGAGACUUUCUUGGGCACGGGACACAUGUGGCAUCAAUAGCAGCAGGGCAAAUAAUCUCUGAUACAUCCUACUAUGGUCUAGCAAGUGGAAUCAUGAGAGGAGGUUCACCAAAUUCGAGAAUAGCUAUGUACAGAGCGUGCUCACACCUGGGCUGCCGUAGCUCAGGCUUACUGGCUGCAUUUGAUGAUGCGAUCGCAGAUGGAGUUGAUGUUAUAUCGAUAUCGAUGGGACAAUGGCUAGACAAUUUACUUGAAAAUCCACUUUCCAUCGGUUCAUUUCACGCAGUGGAAAGAUGGAUCACUGUUGAUUGCUCUGCAGGAAAUUAUGGCCCUACUAGUCAAUCUGUGGUUAAUGCUGUUCCAUGGAUGGUCACUGUUGGUGCCAGCACUAUUGACCGCGGCUUUUGA